ACCUCACUGGAGCUUCAACCACAACGACAACGGUGCCGGCGUCAGCGCCGCCUUCUCUCUCUCGGUCCACGAUCUCUCUCUCCUUCUGCCUCUAUCCUCUCCGGCUCCAACAGUAGCGGGCCAGUGCCGCCACCGGCGAAACAGCAUCGUCAUAGACAGCUUCAGCUCCAGUCACCACCGGAGAACAGGCACCGCCGCCGUUCUCUCCGUCACCGGAGCUUGAUCUGCGUUUGGGUUUUGGGUUCCUGUUGUUUGUUGGGGGUUUUUUGGUUUCGUCUGUUUCCUGGUUCGUCGUCGAUAUUGGAUUUCGAGUUGUCGUUAUCAAAUCGUGUCGUCGUUCUUGUUUGGGUUUCGUAUAAUAAAUACGUAAAAAAAGGGUGUGACAUCGGUGACUUUACUAAUGAAAAGAACUUGACCAACGGCUGGGACGACACCUUCGAUUGCUACUACAUCAACGAAGACCUCGUAUGUGAUGAGCUUGAAAACUUGAUGGUAGAAGGUGGAAAUAUCGUUGAUCAUCACUACUGUGAUUUCUUCCCUGAGCACUGGUUUGAUCAUGUGGUGUUGCUUCAAACUGACAUUUCUGUCUUGUAUGAUCGGUUCAUUAAGAGAGGUUACUCAGAUCAAAAGCUUGCUAGUAAUACUGAAUGUGAAAUGUUUCAAGUUUUGCUGGAAGAGGCAAAAGAGAACUAUCCAGAGGAUAUUGUGGUAAUACUAAGAAGUAAUUCUCAGGAAGAUAUUACCAAAAAUGUAGAGAAACUGACCAGUUGGAUUAGUAAUUGGAGACCUGUCUUAUGAUUGUUAAAGUAUAAGGAGAGAUGUACUACAGCAUAAUAAGACUAUAGAGAAGGUCAAUAUUGUGGCUGAACGCAGGCUUGGCCAAUACUUUUGUGAGACUAUCAGCUAACUGAUCAGCAGCAUGGACAUAAAUAACGCGAACAUUGUUCGAUUGGACGUGCUUGCGCACAAGAAGUUCACCUCAACAUGUUUCAUAAGACUGUAAAAGGGACAUCAAUGUUAUCAAAGAAAAUGGUACGGACCUUGUGGUCCGAAAAACAUGUUUUUCUUUUUGAAAUUGGGGGUAGGGGAAGGGGAUUUGGAUGGGGUUACAAUGUGGAGAAAGUCCAGGUAGCCAACAAACUGAACUUUUAACAUUCCCCAGCAUGUUGAAUGUUACAAUCUUAUCUCCAUAUUUAUGAAAAUCUACUUCUUGUUAAAUUUA